GCCUCCUCCUCCUCCUCCUCCUCCUUCUACAGAUUUGGGGCUCUCUCUCUGAUCACAACCAAGAUGGCUGCCUGAGUGGUGAUGCUCCGAAGUGCACUUUAAACUCUCAUUAUUGAGCUUGACGUCCUCCAUUAUUGUGAUCAGGUCGUUACCUGUCGAGCAGCAGCCCAGAGACCUUUGGGUUUUUAGGACUACAAUGUUUUUAAGAGUGCCCAGUCGGGGUUCACCCCCCAAGUCCAGACCACCACCACUGAUUCUUCCACAACAUGUAAACAAGACGAUCAUGAUAAAAGUACACUUGUAGAAAAAUCAGCAUCUCUCUCUUUUAGUUAUAAAACAACAAACAAACAAAAAUAAAUCUGACCAGCUCAGCAGAUAGCUGAGGUUUCUGUUUGAACUUGAAAUUCUUCCCUUUUCAGUGUUUUGCGUUUUUUUUUUGUUUUUUUUUCCCGAGCUGAAAGUAGACAGCUGGUAAUGGAUGAUGCUGGUCAUGGUGACUUAGUGUAAAUGGCUAUCAAUCAGCACGACUCACUGACAGUAUUUAAUGUCCAAUCUUCCUCCCCCGCUCUAUUCUCCUACCACUCCUGCUCCUCAUCUCUGCCCUUCUGGACUUUUAACCGUCGCCACUUGCUGACCUGCCUUGCCUCCCUCCUCCGGCAUCAUGGUGGGCACAGGCUUGGGUUUUUGGAGGCUAAUGCGAGGUGUCCGCCAGCUAGAGCUCCAUCGCCUGAUUCUGGCACUUAUCAUCUUCUGCUUGCUCUCCAUGGCCUUCCUAGCUUACUAUGUCUCCAACAGCCCCAAAAUCAAAGAGCCCCCACCUUUACCUUUCAGUGACUGCGGUGGAGGUGGGGGGGUACCACCGGGCGUGAGCACUGGGGCUGCUGGUGGGGGGACGGGUGGCCAGAGGUCGCCCCUUCUACUUCCCGUGCACCAGGAGCGACUACAACAAGUAAAGACAGUUGACAGUUCCAGGACUGACCCUGUGGUCCUGGUGUUCGUGGAGAGCAUCUAUUCCCAGCUGGGCCAAGAGAUCAUUGCGAUAUUAGAAUCAAGUCGCUUCCGCUACCGCACAGAAAUCGCCCCUGGUAAGGGUGACAUGCCCACUUUAACGGAACAUAACCGUGGGCGGUACACGUUGAUAAUCUUUGAAAACGUGUUGAAGUACGUCAACCUGGACGUGUGGAACCGUGACCUGCUGGACAAGUACUGCGCCGAGUACGGAGUGGGCAUCGUGGGUUUCUUUAAGGCCACUGAAAACACUCCCCUCAGUGCGCAGCUCAAAGGUUUCCCCCUCUUUCUUCACUCCCACCUGGAACUCAGGGACUARCGCAUCAACCCCAGCGCUCCGCUGCUCUACAUCACCAAGCCCAACCAGGUGGAGCAGGGCUCGCUGCCCGGAGACGACUGGACCAUUUUCCAGUCUAACCACUCCACAUACGAGCCCGUGCUUCUGGCCUCCACCAAAUCCUCCGAGGCUCUGUCCCAGUUUGGACCCAGCCCUCUGCAGACCCUCCAUGCUACGGUGGUCCAGGACUUGGGGCUCCACGAUGGCAUUCAGAAAGUUAUAUUUGGAAAUAAUCUCAACUACUGGCUACACAAGCUGGUGUUUGUAGAUACGAUUGCCUACCUUACAGGGAGGAGACUGUGUUUGUCAUUGGACCGUUACAUGUUGGUGGAUGUGGACGACAUAUUUGUGGGCAAGGAGGGAACUCGUAUGAAAGUGUCUGAUGUGGAGGCUUUGCUCAACAUUCAAAAUAAGAUGAGAGCACUGGUGUCUAAUUUCACCUUCAACUUGGGAUUUUCAGGGAAGUUUUAUCACACAGGUACUGACGAGGAGGACCASGGAGACGACAUGCUACUGCAGCACAGGAAGGAGUUCUGGUGGUUCCCUCACAUGUGGAGCCACAUGCAGCCCCACCUCUUUCACAACGUCAGCGUCCUGGCCGAGCAAAUGAAGCUCAACAAGAUAUUUGCUCAGGAGCACGGUAUCCCAACAGAUAUGGGCUAUGCGAUAGCUCCGCACCACUCCGGGGUCUACCCUGUUCACAGCCAGCUGUACGAAGCAUGGAAGUCUGUGUGGGGCAUCAAGGUGACCAGCACUGAAGAAUACCCCCAUCUGAGGCCCGCACGAUACCGCCGAGGCUUUAUUCACAACGGGAUCCAGGUGUUGCCCAGACAGACUUGUGGUCUGUUCACACACACCAUCUUCUACAACGAGUACCCCGGAGGCUCAAAGGAGCUGGACAAGAGCAUCAGAGGAGGAGAACUCUUCCUCACCGUUCUCUUAAACCCUAUAAGCAUCUUUAUGACUCAUCUGUCUAACUAUGGCAACGAUCGACUUGGCCUGUACACCUUCGAGUCUCUGGUGAAGUUCAUCCAGUGUUGGACCAACCUCAGACUGCAGACGCUGCCCCCCGUCCAGCUGGCUGAAAAAUACUUCCAGAUCUUCUCAGAGGAAAGAACCCCACUCUGGCAGAACCCUUGUCACGACAAGAGACAUAAAGAUAUUUGGUCCAAAGAAAAGACGUGUGACAGACUCCCCAAGUUCCUUAUCGUUGGACCUCAGAAAACAGGCACUACAGCACUUCAUUCAUUCCUGAGCCUCCACCCAGCCGUCACCAGCUCCUUCCCCAGCCCCACCACCUUUGAAGAGAUCCAGUUCUUUAGUGGAGCAAACUAUGAGAAUGGGAUUGACUGGUACAUGGAGUUUUUCCCAUUCCCCUCCAACAUCAGCACAGACUACAUGUUUGAGAAGAGUGCCAGCUACUUUGACUCAGACGUAGCCCCCAAACGAGCCGCAGCCCUGCUGCCCAAAGCUAAGAUCCUGGCUGUCCUCAUCAACCCAUCAGACAGAGCUUAUUCCUGGUAUCAGCAUCAACGGGCCCACCAGGACCCCGCAGCCCUCAACAACACUUUCCACGCAAUAAUGAUGGCCGGCCCCACAGCCCCCAGAGACAUACAGGUUCUUCAGCGCCGCUGCCUUUAUCCCGGGGCCUACGCUGCUCACCUGGAGCGCUGGCUGCAGUACUACCAGCCUAGCCAGCUGCAUGUCGUAGACGGGGCCCUGCUGCGGUCCAACCCGGUCCUGGUGAUGGAGGGAAUCCAGAGGUUCCUCAGUGUCACUCCCACCUUCAACUACACGCAGGCUCUAAUGUUUGAUGACAGUAAAGGUUUCUGGUGUCAGCGAGUGGAAGGAGGUCGAGCCAAAUGUCUGGGCAAGAGUAAAGGCAGGAAGUAUCCUGACAUGAGUUCUGAGUCACGUGCCUUCCUAGCAGAGUACUACCGUGACCACAACAUUGAGCUGCUACGUCUGCUGAACCGUUUGGGCCAACCACUACCGUCCUGGCUUCGCCAAGAACUCCAGAGCACCAGCCGAAGUUGAGGCCGCACGUCCCAUCAGAUCUGCGGCGAAGACGACGUUUGGCUGCGGAUUAGAUCGUUCUUCCUGAUCCGCAGUCAACAAAACCACUUUCCUCCAGAGGGCUACGUUGGAGCUCAUGGUACCAGUGCUCCUGUUCGCUGGAAACCAGAAGACUGGUCAACAUGAACUCAAGGUUUCGGGUUUCUCGUUCGAUCCCCGAGGACUCCCCUCUUCAUCUGUGGCCAACCUCCUGUUAAGCCCCGGGCACAUGUGGGUCCGGCGUGUGGGACCGGGCCGACACUUUUACUCACCAACCGGGAUUUAACGGUGACCAGCGGGUUGUGAGCUUUAAAAAUGGAGGAGUCGGCCAUGACGGGAAGCCGUGAUGCUGGUGACCCUCCAGAAUGAUUGAAAAGGUUGAGGUCCGGGCGAGACCAUCAGUACCCAGUAACUUUAAGCAGACUGUCCACUCAGCCCAAAUCCUGAUCCACUUCUCUCUAAGAGCCAACUUGUCCUGAAACCGAGCCGAGAGUGGAAACACGGUCCUGCGUUUAGACCAAACUGAGACUCUCCCUCUGGACUUUCUGGGUUCUUUGACAUACUGGUUCGGUCCUGAUGGUACAAGAACCUAGCUUCAGACCAGGGUUCUGGAGGCUCUGACCCGUGGGAUGCUCUGCAUUGAUUUAAUGAAAGUAGGCUUUACAUACAAAACAAUUAGGAUGCUUCAUUCCCAAAACUGAGUGUCAAAGUCAGAUUAUCCUUCAAGUAUUUGAACUAAUUAUCACAAGGUUUUAUGAAUCUCAACUAAAACCCAGUUCUGGUCCAGGCUGUGCCUCCUAAUACGAAUUUGUCUUUUUAUCACUUUUGUAUCUGAAUUGUUCAGCUGGGUUGUAGCACGGAUUUUUGAACAAAUACACAAAACACCAUGGAUGGAUUAAAACCYAAAAAUAGAGCAAUUUUCACUUUUAGAGCGCUUAAAUUUUCUAAUAAAUCUUUGUGAUCUGGAAUUAAUGUGACUUUAACGUGGUCUGAACAGGUUUAAUGUUUAGCUUUAGUUCAUACAUUUUCAAGAUGAUUUGUUAGCCCAGUCCACAAAUGUUUUGGUCUCGUGCAUGCAUGAAGGUGAAAACUGGAGUAAAACUAAAUACUCAAGUGGGACACAGACCUGGACCAGAGCUAUGUGAACCUAGUAAAAACACCUACUAUAUAUUUUGACUUUGAAGCAAAUGGUUUUAAAAAAAAAGAUUCUCAGUGUUUCAUACCAGCUGAAUAAAGUGAACAAAACUUAAGUCAAACAAAAGGAGCUGUGGGUGCCAUUUAAACAUUCACAUUAAAAAAACAAUAAAAAUAGAAACUUAUGUUUGCUAUUUUUCUUUCGUUAAGACAGUCCUUUACCAACUAGUUUGGAUUUUAUUUAUUCCUCAUGAAUGGACCCUCUCUUUUUUAUUUUUAAAGCAUUAAAGGAACUUGAGCUCUUAUUGUGGUAGCUUAUGAGCUACAUUUAUAUUUAAAGCAACUUUAAUUGGUUAAACAUAAAGUCAACACAGGAUCUCUAACAGUACCACUCAAACCAUCAGGACAAGUUUAUAGACUGACGGGCCAGUUCAGAGACUGCAUCAUAGCUGCUGUUUUCAUUUCAGUUUUUCUAUUAAUGUCAAAAAAGCUAACACUGUAUAUUAUCUUUAAUAAACUUAGAGGUUGGAACAACCCUAAA